GUCCGGCUCUUCAGUGAUCCAGCGACCUCUGUUACGCGCGUGGUGAAGGGAAAGGAAAGAACGUCAGCGGCGGGAGAUCCUAGAGCCGUGGUAUAUAGUCUUGGUGUGGCUGGCGUCUGCAGUCUAGUUGCUGGUGAACGCUGGUGGAGUGAAGGUGUCGAGCUCUGCCUCGCUAUAAGGACUAACUCAGGAUAAUCCAAAGUUCGCCUUUUGGAAAGCGAGUGAAUUAUUUGUUACCUCUCGGGAAAGUGCUAAGCUUAACACAAGGCUGAAGAUGAGAGGACCAUCACUGGCGCUACUCUGGAUGCUGCAGGCUUGUCUCUCCGGAUGCUCACAGGGGCAGAAUGUAGACCAGAACGCCCUGGACUCGGCGUCGCUCCCUGUGGAACACCGAGGCGGUGACAUCUAUGGUCCCCCGCUGGGAGUGGGCCCACAGUUUGGCCUGGGGCCACAACUAGGAGGACUGGGGCCGCAGCUAGGAGGACUGGGGCCACAACUAGGAGGUCCUGGAGCACACCUAGGAGGAGUUGGGCCCGUACCAGCGGGACCUGAUGAUCCUUGGCCCCUAGCGCAGCCAGACAUGAAUACCAUUAAAAACCUGCAGGUUCAGUGCGAGAAGACCUUCAUGAGAGUGUCCAUCGAGUUCGACAGACCCUUCUACGGUAUGAUCUUCAGCAAGGGUUACUACAGCGACCAGAACUGCGUGCAUGUCCAGCCUGGUUCUGGACGCUUGCAGGCGCAGUUCGAUAUCUACCUCAACAGCUGCGGCAUGACCUCCACCGCUAGCAGUGCCAACUACGGUCAGCCCACUCCUUCAGGCACCUUCAUCGAGAAUACCGUCAUCAUUCAGUACGACCCACUGGUUCAGGAGGUGUGGGACGCAGCCAGGAAACUCCGUUGUACCUGGUACGACUACUACGAGAAGUCUGUCACCUUUAGGCCUUUCCAGGUUGACAUGUUGAACGCUGUUACUGCCAACUUUUUGGGAGACAACUUGCAGUGUUGGAUGCAGAUCCAGGUUGGCAAAGGUCCCUGGGCCUCCGAGGUCUCCGGCAUCGUCAAGAUCGGCCAGACUAUGACAAUGGUUUUGGCCAUCAAAGACGACGAGAAUAAAUUCGAUAUGAUGGUUCGAAACUGCGUUGCUCAUGAUGGCAAGAGAGCUCCCAUCCAGCUGGUGGACGAGCGUGGCUGCGUUACUCGCCCCAAGAUCAUGGGGAAAUUCCAGAAAGUCAAGAGCUUUGGCACUUCUGCCUCAGUAGUGUCUUACGCUUACUUCCAAGCCUUCAAGUUCCCCGACAGCAUGAAUGUUCACUUCCAGUGUGUGAUCCAGGUGUGUCGCCACAGCUGUCCAGAGCCACAAUGUGUCGGUGGUGGCUUGGGAUAUCAAGGUUCAGAGAGCAACAGAGUCAACACUUAUGUUGGGAGUCCAGACCCACGUCAUACCAACAAACUCGUCGCGUCUGCUGACCAAGACAGCUCAUCUUCACAGCAGCUUGCUCAGGCAAAAUCUGGCGAUGGCAUUUCCCUUGAUGGGGAAGAGAGGCCCAUCCCUGUACCUGUAAGUGUCCCACUCAAAUCUUCCAGCGUCAACUUUGCAGAAUCAGAGACCAGAGAUGCGUACCCUCAAGUCAAUCGUCAGGGCACUCUUGACAGCGCCGGCCGACCCCGUUCUCUAGCUCAUAAAAACUCUGAAGAUGCAGAUAAAGGAGAAGAAAGUCGAGUGCGUCGCUCAGCAGUACUUCAUGUGUACCGCCGUGCUGCUCAGGAGAUGACUGAUGUUGCCACUGCCCGGGUCAUCCAGGUAGUGGCUCCAGGCGAUGUUGCCUUCAAUCUCAACUCUGCAAAUGAGACAGUUGUUGUUUCGGAGCUGCUUGACGAUGCAUCCAACAUAUGUAUGUCUGCGACUGGUUUUGCUGCAGGUCUUGUUAUGUUAUUGCUAGUGCUGACCAUCGCCUGCCUGGUGGCUUGCUUCCUCUACACCCGCGUGCGAACAUUUAACGCCAAGGGCAGCGUCACUACCUUCGUGCAGGGCUUCGACAACCCAGAGUUCGUGAAGGUGGCGGCCGGUAAUUGAGCCACACGACCAUAUCGACCUCCGAACUGUGCCAUAACGCUGCCCUAACACGCCAACACCAAGGGGCAGGUGUACAAUAACACCGUCCCGACAAUACAACAGGUGUACCAUAAAACCGUCCCGACAAUACAACAGGUGUACCACAACACCGUCCAGACACUACAACACCAAGGGACAAGUGCAUCAUAACACUGUCCCCGACUCUUGGAUGAUGCAGGGUGUUACCAUAACGCUGCCCCUACACCACAACAUUUUCCCCACAGGUGUAGCCGACACUUGUUCCACUCCCUUAACUGUUUCUUCACUGCCAGCCAGUGCUGACGCCUUGACCACCGUCUCUCAUGGCUGACUGUUAUCUGUGACAGUGGACCGAGCAAGGGAUGUGACUGCCUCUCAAACAAUGUCAUAUGUUUUUUCUCUGAUGUGCCCGUAACUUACAUCCACCUUUAAAAUACAUAUUUAUAUUUCCCCCACAAGGUACAUCGCUCGAGACUCCUCAGUCUCUCAGCACCACGUUAUUUAGUGUACACCUGUGUUGCACUUUCUGUAUCAGCAUGAACUUAUUAACACAGGGACUCCCACAGUCCUCUUAUCUCAGUAACUCAAGCACGUUAAUAGCUUUAUUUUUUUAAGUUACCAAAGCUAGGACUGUCUAGCAAGCCAGGGGAAGACACGACAGCGGGUGAACUGAGGUGUUAGCGCCCCUGAACAGUGCCGGAACCGGUAGUGUUUGCCCCAGCAUCUUGCAAGACGGUCCCUCGGACUCAAUCACUCCAGCAUUCCAUGGGGGCCUUGUUAUAUUUUUAUCUUUAUAUGUUCUCAAGUUAAAAUGUUAUCGAUGACUGGAAUUAGCUGGCCUUUUUCCGCAUUAUUUAUGAUCUGUUUAGCACAUUUUUUGUCCCUGACACUUACUGGAGUGUAUAAUUUUAUAAAUGACAACAACCAAUCGAGGAAAAGCGAUUUUUCCCCCUCACAAGUAGAUGAUAACAUCACGUCUUGUACAGCUCUAUGUAGAUGUAUGAUAGCAUCACAUGUACAGCUCGAUCCAGAUUGCAUAGAGCUGUACAUGUGAUGCAGAUUGUACAUGUAGAUGUAUGAUUGCAUCACAUCAUUUACAGUUCUAUGAAGAUGUAAUGAUAGCAUCACAUCAUGUACAGCUCUGUGGCCCUCAUCCUACAACACCUUAUUAGACAGUGUGCACCCUCUCUCUCCUUCACUGUGACAUUGACCUCUACAUACGAGGGCUGAGAGACGAGUGCUCGCUGGUCUAGGAGCAGAGUUAGCGAUAAACAAUAACUGGCAUUUUUUUGUAUGAAGCAUUACUAUGUAGUACUGGUGUGUGUGUGUGUGUGUGUGUGUGUGAGCUUUGUUAUUUUCUCUGAACUGCUUGUGUUGAAGUAGGCCAGCAAGCAGCCUUGGCAUGGCCUCUCAGACUGACCUGUUGUCUGUCUUGAAGAACUCCAGCAAGCAGCCUUGGCAUGGCCUCUCAGACUGACCUGUUGUCUGUCUUGAAGAACUCCAGCAAGCAGCCUUGGCAUGGCCUCUCUGACUGACCUGUUGUCUGUCUUGAAGAACUCCAGCAAGCAGCCUUGGCAUGGCCUCUCAGACUGACCUGUUGUCUGUCUUGAAGAACUCCAGCAAGCAGCCUUGGCAUGGCCUCUCAGACUGACCUGUUGUCUGUCUUGAAGCACUCCAGCAAGCAGCCUUGGCAUGGCCUCUCAGACUGACCUGUUGUCUGUCUUGAAGAACUCCAGCAAGCAGCCUUGGCAUGGCCUCUCAGACUGACCUGUUGUCUGUCUUGAAGAACUCCAGCAAGCAGCCUUGGCAUGGCCUCUCAGACUGACCUGUUGUCUGUCUUGAAGAACUCCAGCAAGCAGCCUUGGCAUGGCCUCUCAGACUGACCUGUUGUCUGUCUUGAAGAACUCCAGCAAGCAGCCUUGGCAUGGCCUCUCAGACUGACCUGUUGUCUGUCUUGAAGAACUCCAGCAAGCAGCCUUGGCAUGGCCUCUCAGACUGACCUGUUGUCUGUCUUGAAGAACUCCAGCAAGCAGCCUUGGCAUGGCCUCUCAGACUGACCUGUUGUCUGUCUUGAAGAACUCCAGCAAGCAGCCUUGGCAUGGCCUCUCAGACUGACCUGUUGUCUGUCUUGAAGCACUCCAGCAAGCAGCCUUGGCAUGGCCUCUCAGACUGACCUGUUGUCUGUCUUGAAGCACUCCAGCAAGCAGCCUUGGCAUGGCCUCUCAGACUGACCUGUUGUCUGUCUUGAAGCACUCCAGCAA